AUGUCGGCCAAAGCAGAAGCUACGAUACCUGCCGCCCAGAAGAAGACAUUCGGCAAGUCGACGAGGGAGGUCCCUCACCACACCCAGAAGGCCAGCAAGUGGUACCCUGCGGAAGAUGAGGCCCAGCCAAAGAAGGUUCGCAAGUCCAUCCGUGCCCACACUCCCCGCCCAACUCUCACUCCCGGUACCAUUCUCAUCCUCCUCGCUGGCCGUUUCCGCGGCAAGCGCGUUGUCCUCCUGAAGAACCUCUCUCAAGGUGUCAUCCUCGUUACUGGUCCAUUCAAGGUCAACGGUGUUCCCCUCCGAAGAGUUAACGCCCGCUAUGUUAUCGCCACUUCCCAGAAGAUCGAUCUCUCCGGUCUCGACCAGAAGAAGGUUGAUGAGAUAGCUUCCGAGAAGUACUUCGCUCGGGAGAAGGCCGACAAGAAGAAGAAGGGAGAGGAGGAAUUCUUCAAGCAAGGCGAGAAGCCAGAGAAGAAGAAGCCCUCAAGCAGCCGCGCCGCCGACCAGAAGGCCGUCGACAAGGCCAUCCUAGCAACUAUUAAGAAAGAGCAAUUCCUCCAGCAAUACCUCGCCAGCUCGUUCAGCCUGCGUAAGGGAGAUCGACCACACGAGAUGAAAUGGUGAACGGAUGGGUAUUCGGGCGUAGAACAGCGGAUGGAGGACAAUUGACGAGUCUAUUGCAUUUCUGACCUGAUGUUAUGGUCUCAAUUGCCAGGGCGCUUUGUAAUCAGCUUUGCAAUAACGAAGAAAUCACAAGGCAGGAAUACGGUUGUUCGUGUGUUGUGCAUGUGAAUGAUACCAUGCAAGAUACUGACUUUGAAGGAGAUAAGCCGCCAAGGUAUGAUCACGAGGUUGGAAUACUCGGCAGCUCCGUGCAAAAGAAUAGGGUCAGGGGCAAAGCUAAAUUGUUGCAAUAGCAAUAGCAACAACUAGGUAAAAUUGGCUCGAGU